CCCAGCCCUGACUACUGUAGAAAACACAUUCAUCUGUGGGAGAAAGUUGGAAUAAUCUGUUUUCCUUCUCUGCUUUUCAACACGAUCUCUUGCAAAACAGAGUUUAAUCCUUUUUUUUUUUGUUUUUCCCGGAUGUCAGGGAGAAGAGCCCAUGGAACAGAUAUAUUGGACUGCAUACAGAUAAAAGUUUUUCCUCACGAACUACAAAGGAACUUAUCAACCCACGAGUCAUUCACCUGUUUGUUGAAGAUAUAGAAAGAACCACAAGUGGGAAACAGCUUAUAUGAACCAACAGAGUUAUUUCACCACCCGUGCCAAAACAACCAAACCCUCAGUACUUGCCAGUCUCAACACGGUGCGGGCACAGAAAGUUCUAUUUCCGGCGCGGCGGUGCCCUCAGCUCGUCCCGCCUCAGCUCCGCCCGCCUCAGCGCCUCAGAGCUUCCCGCCUCAGCGCUUCCCGCCGGCUCUGGGAGGAAUCACCGGAGGAAUCACCGGAGGAAUUACCGGGAGUGAGGAGCCGCCGGAGCCCCGCUCCCGGCAGUGAUUCCAUGCUGUGAUUUUACCAUUUUCUCAUUCUGAAGACUCUUUUCACCAUGACCUCUUUCGAGGAAGCCGAAACAGAAGAAACAGUGACGUGCCUCCACCUGACCUUUUACCACCCUUGCCAGGAUGAGAAGUUGAUGUUCCGCUGCCUGAAUUUCUGUAAGCGUGAGCAGGUCAGGGCGGAUGAAACAGCCAAGUUCGGCCGUGACCCCAACAUCUGCAACUACAACUUGUUGGACACUCGUGUSUCCCGGAUCCAGUUCUCCCUGCAGUUCUACAGGAAACUCCACACCUCGGAAUMUUGUUUUGAGAUAAAGAACUUGAGCAAGAAAACAAAACUGACUGUCAACCAAACAGAACUGGGUUACUUGAACAAAACCGACCUGCCCUGGAAGUGCAUCAUUUGUUUUGGGGAUUACCAGAUCUUAGCUGAGAUUCAAGAAGGGGAGUCCAUGGAUUAUUUUGAGACUCACUUGCAUUUGGCUGAAGCACCAAUCUCACAAGAAAGAUGCCUGCCAUCCCUGCCAUCCUUGAAGCCUAUACCCGAGAAUGGCAUUUCCACUAACCUUUUUCUGUCCCAAGACAAAAGUCCCACAGAGAUUGAUGAAAAUGAGCUGUACUAAUGRGGAGAAGGAGGCUGGAUUAGGUUUUUAGCCCGCACAUCUUCCAACACAGAAGGCUGUCACCUCAGUCCUGUGCUCUUGGUGGUGCUCACUGACUGCUGCACAUCAGUCUUCUUACUUUGUGUUUUCAGCACAGAACAUUGUCCCACAUUCCUGCUGCUGCCUUCACCAAGGUAUGAGUGCUCACUGAUGCCCAGAAAUGUGUGGGAGACAGARCCUCAAAUCCACAGCAGCAGGUUCAAUCCCAGAACCCUGGCCACGUGCUUUGAGGGGGUAUUUAACAGGCAUUAACACAGAGCAUGCACAGCAGGGUUUUGUCCCAGCCAAGUAGCCACACAAUGUCUUGUUGCAUGUUAUACUUUUGUGCUUUGCUUUUGACAYGAAAUUCCAGUCAGUAUUUCCAAGCCUACGUUGCAGCUUCACAGAUUUUGCAACUUAGAAACACUUGGUCAUCCGAGUCCUUUUAUGUUUUCAUUAACUUCAGAGGAGGGUUUGGUUCUGUCGUUUUUUUUUACUUAUUUAAUUAACAUAUAUAUWUUGCAAAUUAACUGCUUUUGCUUGUGAUGUAGACAAACAUGUAGCAUCAAUGAUCAUGGUCUAUAAAAAUACAGAUAAAUUUUGUAAUAAAAUAGUUUGGCUGCCUAGUAAGGAUUUGCUGCCUUACACAACUGCAAUGUAAAAGAAUUUUUGGUGAAUAAAAUUAUUUCCAGGACCAUCCAGGUAAGCAAUUGUCACUGGCACUGUUCUGGGCUUUCCAAAAGUGCCAUUGCUCCAAGGUAAUAAUUGACUUAAAAACUAGAAACUUUUCUAUCUCUAUUUUCUAUUAAUAACCCAAAGGGUUAUUAAUUUUCUUGUCUUUUAAACAUUUCUCGGGUUGUUUCAGUGAAGGUUUUCUUUGUCAGGGUCUCAGCUUUUCACUGGCACUUGGCUUUU